GAAUUUUUAAAUAAGAGACGAUUCUCAUUACAAAACUAAAACCCUUUCUGGGUCUUAUAUGAAUGAAGCAUUUCGUUCCUCGCUUCUUGAAGGGUUCGCCUUUUCUGGGUCUUGUUUUCUGCCGCGCGUCUCUGAGUUUUCUCUUUCGUUCUCGGCUUUGGUUGGUUGCAAAGGAUUAGGUUUUGGGUUUGGGUAACUUCGGUGUAAUUUGCUGGAGUUUCGGAUCUUUAGCGAUUGCUUAUGGUAGAAUGUUUUGAACUUUUUUUCUUUUUAGGGCUCGGAAAACCUUAAUCUGUGCGGAACGAUUGACAUUAUGAAUGCUCUUUUGAGUUUGAUGUUUCUCUGUAUGACUUUUCUUGGGUUUGUUUAUUUACUGCGUGUUGGUGUGAGAAAUGCUGACCCUACGUGUAGCUAGAGACCGCUGCCGUGUCGUCUCCUUUUCAGGACAAUUUAUGAUGGAUCGUGCAUUGUGGACUGUGCAGGCUUCUUUGUUUAAUGGUUCUAUUUCCUGCUCUGUGUGAACUUACAAGGAAUACAAAAUAAAAUUAUAAUGGCCAGUCUCCGGGCCUAUCUGGAACUGGACUGGGUCUAGUCUGAUAUGGGCAUUAGUAAAUGCCUUCUUGAGGAUGAAUCUCCCUUGGGAUAUCAUGCCAUUGUUAAGUGCUCAUGACAGCUUUUUGAUCUUCUUUUCCUCAAGAUUGAUUUGUGCAUAAUCUGAAUCUAUGCCGUGGUGAUCAUGUCCAAAUUCUUGGCUAAAAUCUUCAGAUCGAUAAUUUUACUUGUUAGAACAAUCAUUUCUUUUAAAGAGUACCUAUGUUAUGUUGGAAGUUUGGUUCUUCAGAAUUGCUUUUUAUGUUGUGUUAAAGUUUGUGGAGGUUUAAUGCAACUGUCUCUAUUCAUUGACCGUCGAAUAUGUCAUAUCCAUCUAUAUAUAGUCCCUGUGAUGAUGGCUCUUUUGUUGAUCUUUGAUGUAUGUCUUGCAGGCUGUGAACAAUAGCAAGGACGUGAACUGAUUCUCCAUCUGUAUAUGGUCCUAGUGAUGAUGGCUCUUUUGUUGAUCUCUGAUGUCUGUUUUGCAAGUUGUAGAAUGUCUGGAUGGCAAGCACCCGAACUACCUCUUCCUAUUGGGCGCCAAACACUAGAAAAGAAGCAGUUCAGGUGCUCUCCAGCUGGCCGUUCCACAGCUUGCACGAGAGAUAUCCAUCAUCACUGGGACCAUAUAUUGAUUGUGGAACGAGUAUUUAGAAUGAAUCUUGAUUUGGAAACAUACAGAUGGAGAACUCAACAGAGGAUGUUAACUUGUGGAGGGAAGAUGGCCUUCCCUCAUCUUUGCUACUUCAACUUUUUUUUUUUUUUUUUUUUUUUGGGUCGAAUUGCUACUCCAACUGAUGAGGUAUUGCUAUCGACCUAUGCCUUCGACAAAGGCCAAAGAGACAUUGGUGGUGCUUCACCAUCCACUCUUUCAGAAUCCAAAGACGAGACUAUCCUUUCUCCAAGAGACAAGCAACUGGGUAUUAUUGAAAGCUAUGGGAAUUAAUCCUGACCUUCUGGAAAAAUUGGAGAGCAUUACUUGUGUUUUUGACGAGGAAUGGAACAAAAAGAUAGAUUCUGAAGUCAUUAAGCAUAUGCGUAGGUUCAGAGACCUUUUGCGAAUUGCGUGAUACAUGUGUAGCCAUUCCUUGGACUUCCAGCAAAUGUUCAGGUAUGUUUCCAGUGCAACUAAUGCAGGAAAAUUUCACAUCAACGAUGAUAUGGACAUUACUGAUUACAUUAGUAUCACCAUUACAUGGAGUCAUUAUUAUAUGUUCGAUGUUUAUCUAUCUACUGUACAUCAUUAAACACGUCCUGCAGCGAACUAUUGCUGUAAGGUUAUAUUUGAUUUACUGCAGCUGGAUCUCGACAAGGCUAAUAGAGUUAAAAAAAAAUUAGAAGGAAAAAAUUAAAAAAUUAAAAAUCUAUAAAAAAAUUUAAAAGAGUUAAAAAAAAAAAAAAUUAUCAACAUAAGAAUCGAUAAUGUCAUGUAAAAUGAUUGGCGUCCACAUCAGUAAUUGCCAAUCAAAAUUGGUUAGAAAUAUUAUAUUGGCAUAUCAUCAAAAGAUUUUUUACUAAAUUGAUUAAGUUAAAAGGUUACAACUGAAUUAACGUCCAUAUAAUAUUUUUUUUGUGGUAAUUUUCUAACUUCAUGACCAUAGUUAAGGACAUUAAAGUGUACUGACCAAAAAAAAAAAAAAAAAAA